ACCAAGCAGGUGGCUUGUUAGCUCCAUCUGCUGGGACUUGACGGUGUGGAUGAUGUAGGGAAGCUUAGCUGGACGCGCAGGAAAGAGGUAAAAAAGAGACAGAAACGAACCUAAACCAGAAGGAGUCGCUGUGUGCCAUCGAGACUGAGAAACCAAAUGGGAACGUCCAUCUCCUGGACUUACAAAACACGAAGAAUAAUUAAAGGUUACUACAGCAUUGCUUUGAGGAUAUGUAGUUUACAGAAAAAGAGGCCAACUUUCUUCACCCAGCAGUUCCCAGUAACCCACAGAGUGCUGAUUCUCAUGGGUCAGAAGGCUUGGAUAGAGAAGACCUUUUCUAAAAGAGAAUGCAUCUACGUAAUUGCCAACAACAAAGACACUAGCAGGUGCUGCUGUGGCCAGCUCAUCAAUCAACAUAUUCCACCUCCUCCGAGUAUAACAGCUAAUAAAAAUGGAGAAGAAACAAAGCAAGUGGAAGCUCAGCCAGAGAAGUGGUCUGUCAGUAAACACACCCAGACAUACCCAACUGAUGCCUAUGGAAACCUUGAAUUCCAGGGAGGAGGACAUUCAAAUAAGGCCAUGUAUAUCCGUGUGUCAUAUGACACUAAACCAGAUUCUUUGCUGCAUCUCAUGGUGAAAGACUGGCAACUGGAACUGCCCAAACUCUUAAUCUCUGUCCAUGGAGGCCUCCAGAACUUUGAAAUGCAACCUAAAUUAAAGCAAGUGUUUGGAAAAGGUCUGAUAAAGGCUGCCAUGACCACAGGAGCUUGGAUUUUCACUGGAGGUGUUAGUACAGGUGUCAUUCGUCAUGUGGGAGAUGCCUUGAAAGAUCAUUCUUCCAAAUCCAGAGGACGAAUAUGUGCCAUAGGAAUUGCACCGUGGGGCAUUGUAGAAAAUAAGGAAGAUCUGAUAGGAAAAGAUGUAACACGGGUUUACCAAACAAUGUCAAACCCUCUCAGUAAGCUCUCUGUGCUCAACAGUUCCCAUACCCACUUCAUUCUGGCAGACAAUGGAACACUAGGUAAAUAUGGAGCUGAAGUAAAGUUACGACGUCAGUUGGAAAAACACAUUUCCCUCCAGAAAAUUAACACACGGCUGGGACAAGGUGUUCCAGUAGUUGGGCUCAUAGUGGAAGGGGGCCCCAAUGUGAUCUCCAUUGUAUUAGAGUGCCUACGAGAAGAACCCCCUCUCCCUGUCGUGAUAUGUGAUGGUAGUGGACGAGCAUCCGAUAUUCUGUCAUUUGCACACAAGUAUUCAGAAGAAGGAGGGAUAAUAAGUGAAUCCCUUAGGGACCAGCUUCUAGUUACCAUCCAGAAAACCUUUAACUACAACAGGAAUCAAGCUCAUCAGCUGUUUGUCAUUCUUAUGGAAUGCAUGAAAAAAAAAGAACUUAUUACUGUGUUCCGUAUGGGGUCUGAAGGGCAGCAGGACAUUGAGAUGUCUAUCUUAACUGCUCUCCUAAAAGGUACCAAUGCAUCUGCUCCAGACCAGCUCAGCUUGGCUUUGGCCUGGAAUCGUGUAGACAUUGCACGCAGCCAGAUCUUUGUCUUUGGACACCACUGGCCACCUAUAGGUAGCCUUACAGCUCCUGAUGGUACAGCUCCUGAGAAGGAAAAGAAAUCUCCAGUUGCUCAGACUAAAGCAGCCAGAGGGAAAGGAAAAGGGAAGAAAAAGGGAGGAAAAGCAAAAGAAGAGCCAGAAGAAGAAACAGACCCAAGAAAACUUGAGCUCCUGAACUGGGUGAACUCCUUGGAGCAGGCUAUGCUGGAUGCACUGGUUCUGGAUCGGGUGGACUUUGUGAAACUUCUUAUUGAGAAUGGAGUGAACAUGCAGCACUUCCUCACUAUUCCUCGACUGGAAGAACUUUAUAAUACUAGAUUGGGUCCACCAAAUACACUACAUUUGCUAGUCAGAGAUGUGAAAAAGGGAAAUCUUCCACCAGAUUAUCAUAUCAGCCUCAUAGAUAUUGGUCUUGUACUUGAAUAUCUCAUGGGUGGAGCUUACCGCUGCAACUAUACGCGAAAAAGUUUUCGGACUCUUUAUAAUAAUUUGUUUGGACCAAAGAGGCCAAAAGCUCUUAAACUACUAGGAAUGGAGGAUGAUGAGCCUCCCACCAAAGGGAAGAAGAAAAAGAAGAAGAAGGAGGAAGAGAUCGAUAUUGAUGUGGAUGACCCAGAAGUCAGCCGUUUCCAGUAUCCCUUUCAUGAGCUGAUGGUGUGGGCCGUGCUGAUGAAACGGCAAAAGAUGGCACUUUUCCUUUGGCAGCGAGGGGAGGAAACCAUGGCCAAAGCACUGGUGGCCUGCAAACUCUACAAGUCUAUGGCCCAUGAGUCUUCUGAGAGUGAACUGGUGGAUGACAUUUCUCAGGAUCUGGACAACAACUCAAAAGAUUUUGGCCAGCUGGCUGUUGAGCUCUUGGAUCAGUCCUAUAAACAUGAUGAGCAGAUUGCCAUGAAACUUCUGACAUACGAGCUGAAAAACUGGAGUAAUUCUACUUGCCUGAAAUUGGCUGUGGCAGCUAAACACAGGGACUUCAUUGCUCACACAUGCAGCCAGAUGCUCCUAACAGAUAUGUGGAUGGGUCGACUACGCAUGCGGAAAAACCCAGGCCUUAAGGUUAUAAUGGGGAUUCUCUUCCCUCCCACCAUCCUUUUCCUUGAGUUUCGGAGUUAUGAUGAUUAUUCUUACCAGACAUCAAAAGAAAAUGAUGAAAGCAGAGAAAAGGAGGAGGAAAAUGUGGAUGCAAAUGUGGAUACAGGCUCCCGGAAAGGAGAUGAAGAGAAUGGAAAGAAAAAGCAAAAGAGCCUUCCAAUUGGAACAAAGAUUUAUGAAUUCUAUAAUGCACCUAUUGUCAAAUUUUGGUUCUACACAAUAUCAUACCUCGGUUACUUGAUGCUAUUUAAUUAUAUCAUUUUGGUGCGGAUGGAACGGUGGCCAUCAAUCCAGGAAUGGAUUGUCAUCUCCUACAUCGUGACAUUGGCUUUAGAGAAAGUAAGAGAGAUUCUGAUGUCAGAGCCUGGCAAGCUGAGCCAAAAAGUGAAAGUUUGGCUCCAGGAAUACUGGAAUAUUACUGACUUGGUGGCUAUUUCAGUAUUUAUGAUAGGAGCAAUCCUUCGCCUGCAGAACCAGCCUUACAUGGGUUAUGGAAGAGUGAUUUACUGUGUAGAUAUCAUAUUCUGGUACAUUAGAGUACUGGAUAUCUUUGGUGUGAACAAAUACCUGGGACCUUACGUCAUGAUGAUUGGAAAAAUGAUGAUCGACAUGCUCUACUUUGUGGUCAUCAUGCUUGUGGUUCUGAUGAGUUUUGGAGUAGCCCGACAAGCUAUCCUGCACCCAGAUGAAGAGCCAUCUUGGAGACUAGCUCGCAAUAUCUUCUAUAUGCCCUACUGGAUGAUCUAUGGAGAGGUGUUCGCAGACCAGAUAGACCGUAAGAGUAGAAUUCAUACUCCCUGUGGGGACAAUCUUUAUGAUGAUGAUGGUAAACGCCUCCCUCCAUGUAUACCGGGAGCCUGGCUCACUCCUGCUAUUAUGGCCUGUUACCUCUUGGUAGCAAAUAUCCUGUUGGUAAACCUGCUGAUUGCUGUCUUCAACAAUACCUUCUUUGAGGUAAAAUCAAUAUCUAACCAAGUGUGGAAGUUCCAGCGGUACCAGCUGAUCAUGACAUUCCAUGACAGACCUGUCCUCCCACCACCAAUGAUUAUCUUCAGCCAUAUCUACAUAAUCAUCAAGCGAAUCUGCUGUCGCUGCAGGAAGGGUGAAGGAGACCAGGAUGAGCGUGACAGGGGACUGAAGUUAUUUCUGAAUGAUGAAGAGCUAAAAAAGCUGUAUGAGUUUGAAGAGCAGUGUGUAGAAGAAUACUUCCAGGAAAAGGAGGAUGAGCAGCAGUCAUCUAAUGAUGAACGCAUUAGAGUUACUUCUGAAAGAGUUGAAAAUAUGUCUAUGAGGCUAGAAGAAGUGAAUGAAAGAGAACACUUUAUGAAAGCUUCUCUUCAAACAGUUGACCUUCGACUCUCUCAGCUGGAAGAACUGUCUGGUCGGAUGGUGAAUGCUCUUGAGAAGCUGGCAGGUAUUGACAAAACUGAGCUCACAUAUACACGUUCACGGGCUUCGUCUGAGUGUGAUGCUGCCUACCUCCUACGGCAAAGCAGUGUUAACAGCUCUGAUGGCUACAGCAUGUACAGAUACCAUGUCGGAGGUGAUGAGCUAGCGUAUGAUGAGAGUACCACUCCUAUGUCGCCAGCUAUGGGAUUGCGUAAAAAAGCCCAUUCUGUUGGUACCAGAGAAGAUGGAGCAGACCCAAGGAUGCUGGCUCCAGAACACCACACCAGUCUCCAUUGUACCUCUAGUGCUAAUGCAGUCACUACAGCAGAUUACAGUAAAUCUACAUUAGAAAUUGCACAGAAUGUUUCCAGACUCCAUUCUGGUUCAGGUGGUUCUGAGGAUGAAAAGCAGGGGAUUUUCAGGAGUGAUGGAAUGGUUCCUCGAAGUAUAAACCGGAUGGAUGCUGUAACAGACAGACAGUCAGAACCAAGAUCAAAUUUUCAGAACACUAAGUUAAAACUAGAACGUACCAAGUUAGAAGCAACCAUCUCUUAUCCCUUGGACAAAUCUAAAGCAAUGUGCUAUUUUCCUCCUGAAACAUUCAGUGCUUGUCAAACCACUAUGAUGAAGUCAAGGAGCUUUAUAUUUGCACAAGGUGGGAAGCUGGUUGGAGGAGUUAACAACUGGACCACAGAAUACAGUACCAUUAUGGAUCAGGUGUGCCCUUCUACAAUUGAACAGUGGUCUACAGAGUGGAAAUAUGAAGUUGAGCAGCAGCUUUCUCAGGAGCCUCCUCCAGAAUACCCUGGCUUUAUCUCUGAAGCAGAAAUGCAAGCAGAGCAGAAACAGUUACAGACGGACACAGACGAUGAUGACACUGUUGGUGAGGCAGAUGUGAGUGCCUCUUGCGCCUCUAUGCCUGUCACUGACAAGGGUGAGAAAGAGAAUUUACUAUCAGUAAAGCCAGAAAGGACUUGUGGGUUCCCCUCAGUACGGUCAAAGAGUUUGCACAGCCAUUCUCGGAAAGGCAAGUCUGUAAAGGACAAAUUAAAUAGACCAGGACAUGCCAGCAGCGUAACUAAUCUGGUGGUAGCAUUUGGCAGUGCAACAGAAGAACAGAAAGCUAGGCAAGAAAAUGCAUCAACAGAAACUGAAUGUUAAAAUGGCUUAUGGCCCCUGUUUCACCGACAGUCAACAAAGCAGCAUGACUAAUUGAACAAAUUACGGAUUUUAAAAUUAAUUUCUAAAGAAGAAUUUUGUAUGUAUUUGUUUCUUUUCAUUUUAAAACUGAAGUAUGUGCUCUGUUCUUAAACCAAUGCGUGGUGGGUCAGGAGAAAGGGAGAUGUUCUCUCAGGAGCAGAGAAAAAGUAGGCAUAGACCACAGAUGCCAACAGUAUAGAUCAAUCUUUGUUCCAUUUCAGCCUCCCUCAUAAGCUCAUUUACUGAAAAGCUCUUUAUAAAAGCUCUUGGAAGAAGGACAAUAUUAUUAUGUAAUAAUUUAGAAAAUGUUUUUUCUUCUUUUUUAUCAGAAGACUUCUUAAACUGAACAAAUUUUUAACCAGUCUUGGUUUUUAUCCUCCCUUAUGCAGCUGGUUUCUUUGUAGCCAUUGUAUUUUUCAGAUCAAAACAAAAUUGUUGGAGGCAAGAUAAAAUUAUGCAGUCCCCUCUUUCAUUAAUGAUUUCAUGCAUGCUUCUUGGUUCCUUUUUUUGAGAAAAGCCCAACAUAGCAGUUUGCAUCCACUAAAACAGGCAAAAUUAUGUUUGGAGAAACCUGACCUGGAAAGCCAUGUGCAGAUAUAUUCUUGAUCUGUCCUUAAACUUUAGCGGUAUCAUCUUGCUUUCAGGAUCACAUCUGUCCCCACCCCAAAGCAUGCUGACAGCCUUAAACUGUUGAAAAAUGGUGAUCAUUGUUUCAAAGUUUUUAGGGAGAUUUUAAGUAUAUGAAGUAUACAGAGAUUUUAAUAAUAUGAAUCCAAGAUCUGCAUUAAUGUUUUGUAUAAAUGGGGUUACAAUAGAAGUCCAUGUAGGGUGAGAAUCUGGCUUUUUUUAAAUGCCUGCAAGGGAAACCAUACUAAACCAGGAAAGGUGUUCUGAUGAGGAGAGAUCAAAAUGCAGCCAGUCUAUGUGUUUGAAGCAAAUCUACUGUGACAAAUUCAUCUUUGAUUUUGCAAUUCCAUUAUGAUGACACAUAAGGAACAAGGAACAGUUUCUAGCAGUCAGCCUAAAUAACAAAUGAAUUUUCCAGAAGAGAAUAGAAAUUCCAUACAUUUACUUGAGUAAAUUUCACCAACAAUUGUCAGAGGGAAAAAAAAAGUCUCUGCAGUGAAGGUGUUUUCUGUCCCUCAGUGACUAAGCCUGGAAAUCCACAUCUAUAGUUAGUUUCCCAGCACACGUCUCAACAGUGGCUUUCUAAGUAAUAGGUUUUGAUAGUUUUCUUCAUAAUAAAGUGAUGUUAUUUGCCUCAUUCUUCUCUGUCUACCUUUUAGGAAUUCUGUUUUCCUAAACAUUCAGCACCUCUCUGUGCCAGGGGAUGCAUACCGUUGAACAGACAAGAAAGAAAGUUAAAGGCAUAUUACUUGUGCACAGAAUACUGGUUAGAAGUUUAUGCUUAACUCGUUAACUGUCAGGACUUACAAGAUUUUGAAAAGACAGGAUUUCUUUUUUCCCCAUCAUCAGCUCCACAGUAUGUAGGUCUCAGUAUCCCCCUUGAUAAUGCUGAUUACAGCAUUUUGAAAUGCAGAGAUUAAUGGAAGACACCACAAAUGCAUCGAUGGCAUCAGCUUUUUGUUGUUUGUAUUAUAUUUUCACACUCUGUCCAUACUGAUACCUUCAAGUACUGUUACCAUACUGAAUGAUCACAGUAACUGCAUAGACAUUUCUGAAAGUUCCGUUGUUGUGUACUACAGAUUUUUGCUAGCUUGGUCUUAUUAGCUGGUUUCCUGGUUUCACUGUUGUCAGAACAGUGCUGACAUUGUGCUUUUCACACCGACCUCUCUUUUAUUCAACUUUAGGGAACUUGACAUUUUGUAAAAACAGAAUGACAUUUGAAAUUGUUUCACUUCCAUGUUUACUUCUGUGUUACCAUUCUAUGCAACUACAUAGCCAUUUUGUAUGUGUGGUUAAAAUAGCCUCCAGUUUGCCAAUGCCUUUUUAUCGUUUGCCUGCACACUCACCAGAAACUGAUUCAUUAACAAGCACAAAGGGAUGCAGCUUUUCAGCACUUUGCUAAACAAGCAGUAUACAUUGUGGAAUGAAAUACAGUGUGUUGCAUACCUCUUGUUACAUUGUCUUUAUAAAUCAUGUGUUAAACUA